AUGACGACUUCUGCUGGAAUGAUGUUAUUUCUCGGCCUUCUCUGCCUAUUUCUUCAAAAUGUCGCUACUUCUGAACUUGGUGUUGUCGUCGGGGACGGGGCCGCCUCACAACUCCUCCGCCACGCGGCCCAACUACUCCUUGCCGAGCCACGGCAUGUUGAGUUGUUGAUGACGAGCCGUGAAGAUCCGGGGCUCUCCCCGCUAGCCGCCGUCGACAUGAAUGCCCUGGUUGGCUACAGGAAUCUGUCACUGCACUUCGAGGACCGGGCACUGCGGUUUAACUUUGACCAGAUGCGCCUCCGCUCGUCGGCCAACAUUUCACACCUUUUGUGGCCUCUCGAUAUUGGCGAGCAUCAGCUUGACGUCGAUUUGGAUUUACCGCGCGGCGAGGUGAAGAUGAUGAUCGGGGAGGAGACGAUGAGUAUGGCUGAGUGUCUGCUCCACGAGCCAAAGUUGGCCGGCCAUCUGGGUGGCCAAUGGAUGGUAGAGGGAGCGAUGUCGGUGCUUGGCUACCUGUUUUCCCCAACCCUCGACUCGACCCUCUGCUACCUUCUAUCGCACUAUUUUGCCGACAUCCCGCACAGCAAUAUCAUGCGCUUCCCAAUCCACUCCCUCCUUCCACCAAAAGCUCGCGAAUUCUUGGCGCACAACGAGACGAAUCUGUUCUACCGUCUGCGGUCUGUGGACAUUCACGAACAUCAGAUGACCGUCCGGGCCAUUGUCGAGUGGAACAGACAGGCCGACGAGUCGGACCCGUUCGCCGCCUCAAACACAAGCCAAUUCGAGAUGGAGUUGAAGGGGGAUGACCGGGUGACGAUAUGGCUUGAGGAUACCGUACUCAACGAGCUCAUCAACCAGGUCGAAUGGAGUUUCGAGUGGAUGUCCGAGAAGAUCCCUGUGACAUCCCCAAUGAUCCCCGCCGAUUCCCGUGAUUUCCUUCAAACGCUGUGUACGGAGUGCUACUUCCUGUUGAACGUCUCGGCCAGUGGCAUUCCGCAGAUACAGGCCACCAACGAGUCGCUCGUCCUCGAGAAAACCGACCGUAUCAACCUGCGCGUCGUCAACGCGGAUCGUAACGUAACUUCCGUGUUUGUGUCCUUUGUGCUGAAGAUUCAGGCGCAACUACAGCCAACGUUCGACAACGGAGUGUUGCGUACACUCGUCCAACUCCUUGAUACCGACAUCAAGAUGGAGGAGAGCGGCGCGUUCCCCGGAAAUUGGGGGCUGUUCAUGCAGGAUUUGAUGAGAGGUAUGAUUCUGGACAUGCUGUGGCCCGAGCUGAAGCACGCCAUCGAGGAGGUGUCGUACGGAAAGGGGCUACGCGUGUCACAGCAUUGUGGAUGGGAUCCGGCAAGAUCCGAGAUUGAUAUCGCGGAGGGCGCCUUCUCCAUCACCACCCGGCUGGCGCUGAACGACCUCGACUUGGAGAGAUGUGAGCGCGAGAUGAAGAGCGCGAUCCCGAACACGAGCAAACUCUUCCAGAAGCUCAACCCGACGGCC